CUAGUUGGAUCAUGUAAUUCAUGUCUAGUUCAGUGGUUGGCUGACAGGGCCUACCGGAGAAUGUCUGCUAAAUUCUCAAAUAAAUUCAACAAUAUCCGAUUAUAACAAUGCGCAAAAUUUCUAAAUGAGAAACAUGUUAUAUCAGUCGGGUGAAAUUCAUUGUCAUUAUUAAUCGAGUGCUAAUGUUAAUCUAUACUUCGUGUGAGCAAGUAAUCAAGUAUGGAUAUAAAUACAGUUUCCAAUUGAUUUCCAUAACACAAGUGGGAUAUAUAUUGGAGAUAAAGAAGAAAAACAUAAUGACAAAUUCCUCACAUUAAAUUAAAAAAACAUCAUUGUCUAGUAAAAUUUCAAAUGGACUGUAAGUGAGAAUAGUGUGCAAAAUGCCAGGAUUAAUUACAGUGAGCGAUUUCGUUGAAGAGUCCAGGGAGGAUUACAACUCUCCUACAACAUCAACAUUUGUGUCACGAAUGCCACAAUGUAGACAAACUAUUACUGCACUCGAAGAGUCUUUGGACUACGACAGAGACGGAUUGAAUAAACUGAAAAAAGCUAUCAAAGCUAUUCACAACUCUGGAAAUGCACACGUUGAUAAUGAAGUUUACUUGGGACGUGCACUAGAAAGGUUAGGUGACGCCGCAUUAAAAGAACAAGAACCUGAUAUUGGUGCAGCUUUUCUGAAGUUUGCUGUUGUAACUAAGGAACUCAGCGCAUUGAUGAAAACUUUGAUGCAAAACAUUAAUAAUAUUGUAAUGUUUCCAUUGGAUACGAUCUUAAAGGGAGACUUAAAAGGUGUUAAAGGGGAUCUUAAACGGCCUUUUGAGAAAUCGUGGAAGGACUAUGAAGUUAAAUAUGCAAAAAUUGAAAAAGAAAAGAAACAGCAUGCUAAAGAAGCUGGUCUUAUCAGAUCUGAAGUUACGUCUGCUGAAGUUGCUGAUGAAAUGGAGAAAGAAAGACGACUUUUUCAAUUGCAAAUGUGUGAGUAUUUAAUAAAAAAUAACGAAAUUAAAACCAAAAAGGGUAUCGAGUUAUUGCAGCAUUUGGUUGAGUACUACCACGCACAAACAAAUUACUUUCAGGAUGGGCUCAAAACUAUAGAGCAUUUCGGUUCGUAUAUCACAGAUCUUAGUUCAAAAUUACAGAAAAUUAGGCAAACUCAAGAUGAAGAAAGAAAGAAACUUAUAGAAUUAAAAAAUUUACUGAAGAGUUCAGGAUGCGAUAAAGAGCUGAAUGCUAAUGCAAAUCUUGGAUAUUCUUUACAUCAAUUGCAAGGUGAUAAACAGCAUGGAGUUACUCGCUCAGGACAUCUCUUAAAGAAAAGUGAAGGGAAAAUGAGACGAGUUUGGCAGAAGAGAAGAUGUGCCAUUCAAGCAGAGGGAUUCUUAGACAUAUGUCAUGCGGACGAAAAUAAACCUCCUACUAGAGUAAAUUUAUUAACAUGCCAAAUUAAAAUGGUGCCUGAUGACAAAAAGGGGUUUGACCUCAUAAGUUAUAACCGAACAUACCAUUUCCAAGCGGAAGAUGAAUUAGAUCAACGAGCUUGGAUGUCCGUUCUAGUCAACUGUAAGGAGAGAGCUUUAAUGCGGGCUUUCGACGCUAGUGGUCGAGCAGAAAGUGGUCAUGGAAAUCCUAGUUUAGUUGAAUUACAACAAGCAAUAAUUCGUUGCGUCACACGGCUACCUGGUAACGAUCAAUGUUGCGACUGUUCGUCUCAAAAUGAUGCAACGUGGCUGUCGACAAACUUUGGCAUCAUCGUGUGCAUUGAAUGUAGUGGAAUCCAUAGAGAUCUUGGUGUUCAUAUAUCAAGAAUACAAUCGCUAACUCUAGACAAUGUUGGUACUGCUCAAUUACUGUUAUCGAGAUACAUGACUAAUCAUGCGUUUAAUGAAAUUAUGGAAGCAACUCUGCAUCCUAACAUGAAACCCACACCUAGGUCGACUAUGGAGGAACGAUACGAGUUUAUCAGAUCAAAAUACGUAGACAAAAAGUAUGUAACUAAUACUUGUGCUGAUGAGAGGGAUCUUUUAUCAGAUUUAGAACACGCGGUUAAUAAUUGUGAUCUACAACAACUGUUGCAAGUUUUUGCUGAAAAUGUUGACCUUUCAGCACCACUGCCAACAUCGGAUACAAAUGAAACUGCACUGCACCUAGCCGUUCUUCGUGAAUUAGGAAACAGUCUUUACGUAGUAGACUUCCUCAUCCAAAACAUGCCAGCCGGCGGAAUUGAUAAAACAACUAUCGACGGCGACACUGCUUUACAUUUAUCCGCUCGCCAUGAUAAAGCCGAAGCCAUGAAAUUACUUCUCAGGGCAGGUGCAGAUUCUACGCUUCGAAACAACAUGGACAAGACUUCUAUAGAUAUAGCGCAAGACAUGGGUCACCACACAUGCAAAGAAUUAUUAAGUCAUGCUGUCCAACGGCAGAAGGCUUUAUUUGAUAAUGUGAAUAUUGAUUGGAAUCUCUUACACGACGAAGGAUCCACUGACUUUUCUGAUGAUGAAACAAUAAUUGAGGACAGACUAUAUAGACCUCCGAAUGGCAGUCUGACACCGGAAAAGAAAACCAGAAGUCGACCGCCAUCGUAUGCAGGUGGAGGGACCACGGCCACUGCAGACUCUCCAAUUACUUUACGAAGUCGAAGUAGUACAUGCGACAGUCUGCAAAGUGGUUCGUCGCCAAAUUCCUGUGCAAGCAAACAGCAAAUGCCACCACCACCUCCACCUCAAGUCAAGAAACCCGUUAUUGUAACGACUCCAAUCCCACCGGAUGUUUCAAUAAACUUACACGGUUCUCUGAAAAAGCGAGUAGCGCCUCCACCUCCACCAACGGGGACACCAGUAACUCCGUCUCACUAUGGAACUCUUCCAUCCUCUGCAACUUUAUCAGGUACAUCACAUAAUCGAACAACUAGUGAACCUAUUUUGGCUGGUCAUUCCGUGUAUACUCUUCCUCAUUGCUUGAAUGCUUUUAACUAUAAACAUAAGAGAUCGCCAAGUGGAGAUUCUUCUUCUGAGCAUGGUAUGGAGAAAUUAAAUAUGUCAACGCUUCAAAGGCCAAAAAAUCCUCCUCCUCCAGCUCCAACUUUGACGACCUCUACAAGGUUUAGUAACAGUCGCAGUAAUGAAUCCUUAAUUUCUUUGUGUUCGGAUCACGGAUUAAAUAAUCCUCAAACACGAAAGCCUGUAAUGGUGUCGAAUUUAGGUAGCUUGAGACGUUGUCGUGCAUUAUACGAUUGCGAAGCAGACAAUGAAGACGAGCUAUCAUUUCGCGAAGGUGAUGUAAUUAUAAUAAUAAAUGAACAAACCGACGAUGACAACUGGAUGGAGGGAGUUUUAGAACGAGCACCAGAUAGGAGUGGAAUGUUUCCUAUAAGUUUUGUACACGUUCUUCAAGAUUAAUCAUCGACUAAUUGAUUUAAAAAAAGUCUACUAUAAGAUUUUGUAGUAAAGUAAACUUACUCACCAAAUAUAUGAUUAACUAUAAAUGAAUAUUAAAAGUAAUGUUAUCAGCUCUUGUUAACAAGUUACCAUUUUAACUGUUUAAAGUUAGUACUUGAAUCAUUAAGACACAAGCGUAAGCGUGUACAUUGAAAUCAUCUACGAUUUUUAUAAAUUGCAGUUGUCAUUUAUAGUUGAUACCUCAAACUUGUGUCUCUAUUUGCAAGUAUUUUUAUUAUUUUAACUAGAUGACAAUAUUGCAGCAAGCUCUGCACUAUUGUUUGCACAAAUCUUUUAUGGAAAUAAUGUCAUGUUUAUUUAAUGAGAAAUAAAAUGUACGAUUAUGUUGAUUUUACAUCAGUAAAUCUUAUUUUGUUGUGUUAAAUUAUCGUUAUCGCUUUAUACAAACGUUUCCUUACUUUUCCUUAAAAAGUAUAACUUACAGAUAUUUGUAACUUUUUCAAAUAUAACAUACGUAAUAACACAUUUUUGUAACGUUCGUUGGUAACAUUUUAAAUCAAACUCUUUUGGUAAUAUUACUAAUAUUUUAAGCGUAACAGUUUAGUGACAUAAAUAACAUUCUAAUGUAAAUAACAUUUAUAAUUCUGGUUACAUUUUAGUAAGUUUAACAAUGUUUUGCGUUUGGAUUCAAAUUACCUACAUGUUUCGUCGUUAUUGAAAUUGAAAAAGUUUUUCAAUUACUUAAAUAAACCCUCUCUUUCACCUACAGAAGAAUUAUGUUAGUUCCCGAUGAACUUCCGCGCGCGGACGAGUGUGUAUGUGUUGUCACGCUUUGUUACAAACUCGAUUGUUUCAAAGUAUCUGAAUGAUAUUCGAUGAUAUUUAUGUAGGGUAUGGUUAUGUCUGUGAUGUGAAACUGGACAAAAGACUUUUAAAAAUAUUCGAAGCUCUUUUGUUUUGUACUAAAACUUAUUGUUAGCGUUGGCUGAUUAUUAACUUCCUUUGUUAAAACUCAUUGCGCAAUUAAGUUGGCAAAUUCUCUCUGCGAACAAGUAAAAUAACUCAGUGUUUUGUUAAGAAACGCCAGUAUUAUUUUUAAAUGUACUCAAAAAUUUAAAAUUUCAUUAGAAUAACUCUUACGAUGAUUUGUCAAAUAAAUAAAUUAUCAGCAUGAUUAUAUGUUCUUCCUGGAAACAAGUUAAAAUUAAAUACUCUAAAAUAAUAAUAGUAAUAAUAAUUUUUUAGAAAUAUUUUUCAAUUACAUUACCUGUUGUAGAAUAAAUUGAAUAUUUUGCGAAAAUCAUUUUAAGCGGAGUGACUUAUUUGUUUUGAAAAAAUGAAAUUAACUUAAUGUCAAACAAUUUCAUUACAUGUAUCAAAGUAGAAAACUACAAAUUUUCCAAAAAUUGUAAUAAAAUUUCAUUAGUAGGUAUAAAUUGUAAAA